UUGUUUACUUCUAUCUCAUAAAGGAAAUACGUGCAGUAAACAGAAAGAAAAAGAAAAGAAAUAACAUAUAGAAAUGAAAAGUCAAUUUUCAAAGUUAAUCUAUCCUCGUGACCGAUCAAAAUUAUACAAAUUCUUCUUUGAAAUUGACGAUUAAGAAGAGGAUUGUUUGUUUGUUUUGUUUCUUUUGAAACUUACUUACUUAAUGUUAAUCGGUUAAUAUCGAUACAACCGAUAUAAGGAAUUAAAGAGAUUAACUAUAAUUACAAGUGGAAAAUUAUAUUCAACGAUGGAUAGCAAAAGUGAUGAAGAAUCGGCACCAACUUCAGCCGAAUUGGAUGCCAUGAAACGUAGAAACAGAUCGAGAUCGGUUUGCGUACCUAUGCUUUCUUCAUCUCAACUAAGACAUCUUCAUCGAAGGGCCAGUCAUCAUGCAUCCACAACGGAUGCUAUAUCGAGGAGAGGUGUAUUAUCGAGACGAUGCUAUGGAAGUGUCGAGAUGUUACCACAAAUCGAGCAAGAUGGUACAGACAAUGGUAGAAGAUUUCGAAUGGAAAACGGUGAUUCUCCAGGCGAGAAAGAAGAAAUGUUCGGUUCACCUAAUAUACCGAUAUUGGAAAAUCCGGAAUAUCAAACGCGAUGGUACUUCAAAUACUUUCUGGGCAAACUGCAUCAAAAUUACGUGACUUCGGAUCACGAAAGGAAUCCACUAUUUCUUUCGGUGGUUAUGAGCGAGGGUGGCGAUCAAUGCGUAUCCCAUUAUAGGGUUAUUUUAUGGAGACGAACGGGUGCACAAAGGAUAUCUCUGCCAUUUUCGGCUAACAAGACCAUGACAAUCAGGCAAAUCCUGAGCAACUUUUUCGGCCUGGAAAAACUCGAUAAAGCACCCCGCGAAGUUUUGUCACCCGAAUUACAAAAGGAUUUACUAUUGCUGGAGGAACAAGAGGGAUCCGUCAAUUUCAAGUUCGGUGUUAUAUACGCAAAAGAGGGCCAGACUACCGACGAUGAGAUGUUAUCGAACGAAAGUGGCAGCCCCGGUUUCGAGAAGUUCCUCGAUAUUCUUGGUGAGAAGAUACGACUGAGGGGUUGGGACAAGUAUCGUGGCGGCCUCGAUGUUAAAGGUGACAUGACUGGUAGAGAAAGCGUUUACACGAUAUAUGCCGGUCACGAAGUGAUGUAUCACGUCAGCACAAUGCUACCUUACUCGAAAGACAAUCCCCAACAACUCGAGAGAAAAAGGCACAUCGGUAAUGACAUUGUCAACAUUAUUUAUAUCGAUGAUCCAGCAGCCGUUGACAAUUUCAAUCCUAAUUGCAUAAGGAGCCAAUUUACUCACGUGUUUGCUGUGGUAUCAGCAUUGGGAGUUCUUAAAGGUUGGCGAGUUGCCAUUUAUUGCGACGAAACUGUUCCUCUAUUCGGUCCAAGUCUUCCCUGUCCACCGAUCUUCGACGAUCCCUAUCACUUGAGAGAAUUCCUUCUGGUCAAGUUGAUUAAUGGCGAGAAGGCGACAUUUAACACGCCAACAUUUUCUAGAAAAAGGGAGAGAACGUUGGACGCUUUAUUGCGCGACAUGUAUCAGGAACAUGCGCAAGAUGGGAAGAGCAACGUGAGUCUUCAGCGUGAUCUUCCAUUAAAUAGCAUGUUAAAUCGUCGUGCAUUUUCCGACGUUGUCGAAGGACCCGGUAGAAGACGAGAAGAAACAAGAGCAGUUGAAAUGGUACGUGUCGGUCAGGCUGUUAAAUUGGAAGCGAUAGUUCGCGGUCUGGCACCAACUUCUCUUGCUACGGUUGGUCCAUUAAAACCAAGACCUUGGGAACCGAGAUGUAUUUAUCCAGAUUUCCCACACGUCGUAAUUUGCGGUGACGUUUGGUCCGAAAAUAGGAUGAUACUUGCAUCGGAAAAUGGGACUUUUUUGAUCGAAGAGGGUCUCUCGCACAGAAUGAUUUUCGACGAGUCAGUUCCGAUCAAACAACUCGACGUUGUCGAACAACACGGUAUUCUUCUAUUUCGUGGAAUCGAUAAAGGGAAAGAAAGCGUUUACGUAUUUCGUUUGCGGGAAUUCGAUUACGAUUCGUCGUCGUUGAAUGCUAGGACAUACAAAUUUCCGGAAUUUUUUAACAAUCGCGACGAUUUGGAAGACGAUGUUGACGAACACGAGGAAGAACUCGAAGAAAACGGAGAACACGAGGAUGAUUAUUACAGGGACGGUGAAAUCGAAGAAGAGGAUACCGAUGCGAAUUAUCGUGAUCAUUUCAAAUUCAAAUCUUCUUUGCGUUUGCGAGGAAGGACACAACUGAGACCACCCGCGGUUAGAAGUCGUGCACAUAUUAAGGAUAGAAAAUUAACUCGUACUCGUGGUUGCCAUCUCUACAGUAUCACCAGGCAAGGUGGUUCGCACUUGCGAAUGUGUGCAGCGGUUGGACGACGUUUGACGGUCCUCCAAUGGAAACAUAACGCAGCUUGGACAACUUGGUGUUCUUCGACGGAUACCGAUACGAUCGAAGGUUUCUUGCUCCUCAAAGAAUUCACCGCGAGCGAAAGCCCAACCCUUAUUACGAUGAUCGAAAGUACAGAGAUCGGGAACGAAUGGUUGCUGUGUUGCGGUGCACGUCAUCAUUACGAACUUUUCACGGCGUCCGGUACUUCACGUAUAGUUCACGUUGAAACGAACAAACCGCAUAUCGUAGCAGCAAUUGAUCUGCGCGAGGACGAGGAACCUGAAUUAUUGUUAUGUUAUAACAAUAUGUGCCACUUCCAAAAGUGUUCGGAAGAGAGUACCGCGCCCACGGAUUUUGAUUUUAAAUGGAAUUCAGUACCAACAGCGAUAGCUUGUGCUUUUCCUUACGUGAUAGCAUUCACUGCUGAUACCAUGGAAAUUCGUUUGAUAAUAAAUGGAAAUCUUGUACAUACAAUUGCCAUGCCGAAUCUCUGUUUGAUAACUUCUAAAAGGGACAUAUUUUUUGCCACUACCGCACCGGAAUUUUUAUCUAGUAAAUGCGAACGUAUUAGAUUGGAUUCUAAACCUCCUGAGAAAGACGAACAAGGAAGUAGUCCACCACCGACAACGCAGUCUUCCUCUUCCUCUCGAUCAAAUUCACAAAACAAUCAUAGCGAUUGGAAGCCGAUCAGGAUCUAUCGAAUACCAUUACAAACACUCUCGCGAAAUCUAACAUCAAAUUGCAGCCAAAGAAGAUGUCCGAGCCCGACCGACCCAGAAAUCGUUUCCGCCCCUUUGACAGGCGGAGAAAAUAAUUUUUUAACCGUGGAAUCGCAAAGAAUCUUAAGCAGGUCUUGCAACAGCAGCCCGACGCCACCUAGUGGACCAGAAGAUUUGAUUCCUACUGUGUGUAGAAAAUAGAAAGAUAAAGAUAAUGAAAAAGAAUGAGAAAAAAAUGGGAAUUAACAGAGGACACGCUAACUUUCUCGCAAAUUAAUUCAUAAUUGCGUUGCCAUUUUUUUAUUGGAUUCGUACUAAAUAGUGCGAAUGGAUAAGUAGGUACCUGACGCUCGUGCCUCCACAGGAUUAAGAUUUAACACACACACAAGCAAACGUACGAUCCUGUCGUUGCUACGCUUCGCGAUAUAGGAAAUAUUUAAUACGUGUUACGAUCGAUCAAUUACUUUAUUCGUUUUAUCUUUUUUUUUUAUUUUUCAAUAGAUCUAAAUUUAUGAAAUAAAAUCUUCGAAAAAAUUUGGCUCAUUCAAAAAGUCCACCAAGUCGGUGCUCGGUCGAUAAUUUAAAAUAUCGACGAGUGUCAUCUAGCGGUGAUUCGUUCGUACUAACUUAACGAGUAAUACUCUGACGAUAAAACAACAUUGAUCAACCGCGUACAAAAAUGAAUUGGAAUUGGAAUAUAAAUAUAUUUCCGAUUAAAGAUCGAUCCGACACGUAUUUGAUGUUUCUUUUGCCUCCUUGAUAUGUAUUCUAUAUGGAUAGAUGCAUACCUUAUCUACUGGAUGACAGACAUACAGGAGAAAAGGUCGAUAACAUUAUGGUUCAUCGUAGAAGUUAGGGGUGAGUAAACGCCAAGAACCAAAAAAGGGUUCGAAAUAUACUAGGAAAUAAUCAUUUUUGCAGUCUCCUUCGAGAGCAUAAUAGCUUAAUUCGUUAAAAAAAAUAAAUAAAUAAAAAUCUUUUUAAUAGUUCCCGACGAGAGAUAAUACCAAAGCAUAAUCUUGAUUUGAGUAAUAGGCAUAAACUAAUGUUGUUUAAAAAGAAUCAUUUUUAUCUUCAUUAUUUUCUUACCAAAAUGCAUGCUUUUUCUGAUGACCACGUGUUAGGAAAACAAUUGCAAACAUUCGUAGUUCCAUACUCGUGGUCAUUUUUAAAAUCCAACCGGUGACACUGUACGCACCCGAGUAUGAUUGCGACAGUGGCGUAGGAAGAAUUGAAAAAGAUCUCUUUAUAUUAUAAAGUUCGUUUAUUUAAACUUUCUCCUUUUAUUCUUUCGUUGUCGAAGCCGAAUGAAAAUUUUGUUUGCGAAGUAUCGUUGCAGUACGUAGAUGAACGAUACGAAUACGAUGCGUGCAGUGAUGAAUUAUCGAUUAUUCACAAUUAUAACCAGCAUGUUCUGAGGAACUGUGACACGUAUUCGCGAUCGAAUUUCAUCGAUCGUAGAGCCACACAACGCGCUACAUGCGUGAAAUUCUGCAGAAGACGUAAUUCUGCAUACUCUUCCUUCCAUCCAUCCUUCCUUCCGUUCUUCCUUCCUUCCUUCGACGAGAGAGGGGACAACAGGCAGAAUAUAACGUGUGUGUAUAUACGAAAGCAUGAAAUAAAGUGUACCUUAUCGUUGCAACGUUUGCACCAAAAACUUA